CGUCGAAAUGGCGUCAUCUUAUUUUGAUGAAAUAUGAAAUUUUAAUUAUUUGCUCUAGUGAACUAUAAUAAGUGUUAAAAUGUCCGAGGACGAAGUGGAAAAGUUUGAAAUCACAGAUUACGAUCUGGAAAAUGAAUUUAAUAUAAACAGAAAUCGUGGUCGUAAAAAAAAUAGCAAACAUCAUCAGAUAUAUGGUAUCUGGGCUGACGAUAGUGAUAACGAAGAGGAUACUGGGGCCAGGAGUUAUGUGUCGAAAAAGCGACCUAAAAAUUACUCGGGACCAAUAGAUUUUGUAGCAGGCGGGGUACAACAAGCCGGCAAAAAGGAUAAAGACAAGGACGAUCUUAAAAAAGAGGAAGAAUCAGAUGAUGAUGCACCCACUUCAUCAUUUAAAACUCGAGACAGUUCGGAUGAAUCUGAAGAUGAACUUCCAAGGGCUGGUUUUGGUACAGCAAAAUCGAAGAAGACAUCCGAAUCUACUGUCACAGAAAUUACCGGCGAUAUAGCAGGCUUAAGGCGUAAAAAUACUCUAAAUCCUUCAUUGAUAAAUCAAGGUGUAGGUCAUUGGGAAAAGCAUACUAAGGGAAUAGGAGCUAAACUUUUACUUCAAAUGGGUUUCCAACCCGGCAAGGGUUUAGGAAAGGAUCUGCAAGGUAUUUCAGCACCCGUGGAGGCACAUCUGAGGAAAGGAAGAGGUGCCAUAGGAGCGUAUGGUCCAGAAAAACUUGCUAGUAUCGCAAAAGUGAAGGAAAGCGUCUUAAAAUUGGAAGAAGGGGAGAAUGAGGAGAGGAAGGGGGAAUCGAAAUGGAAGAAAAACGAUUCGUUGAAGAAGAAGACGAGAUAUUAUUAUCGAAGUGUAGAUGAUGUUAUUGAAAAAGGUAAACGUCCUGGAGCUUAUAGAAAUUUGGGAUCCGCAAGUGAACUCAGCAAGGUCAAGGUGAUAGACAUGACCGGUCCGCAACAGAGAGUCCUGAGCGGCUAUCACGCCCUCAGCGGUUUAAAAGCUCCGCCGGGCGUGGAACAUUUCGAGGAUGUCGUCCACAAGAAGUGUUCCAAUUUCGCCCUCCCCGAAAUACAGCACAAUUUGGACCUCUUGGUGGACAUGUGCGAACAGGAUAUCAUAAGGAUCGACAGGAACACGAGGUACAACGAGGACAAAAUCACGGCUCUGAAACAGGAAGAAAACUCCCUGAGGGACGUGAUAAAUUCCGAGGACGACCUCAUAGAAAAUCUUAAGGACGUGAUGGAAACCGUGGAGAAGCUCAUGAACCCGAUGCAGGGGUAUUCCUUGGGACAGAUCGGCGCUAUUUUCAGGAACCUGCAAGAGGACCAUUUCGACGAGUACUGCCGCUACGAGCUGGGGGAACUCGCCCCGGGCCUGAUAGGUCCCCUGUUGACCUCGGCGAUGGCCAGCUGGAACCCCCUGGCCCAGCCGACGCGGUACGUGGAGGUUUUCGGGCAGUGGCGGGACAUCCUGGACGGGCCCAGGCAGCGUGGGAACCUAGAAGGUAAUAAUAUGGGAAUACAGCCGUACGAUAGUCUCAUAUGGCAUACUUGGAUGCCCGUUAUGAGAACUUGUGUCAGUUCUUGGAACUCUCGCGACUGCGACCCGUUGAUAACCCUCAUGGAGACUUGGAAACCGCUGUUGCCGCAGUGGAUCGUCGACAACAUAUUCGACAAGCUCGUGGUGCCCAAGUUGCUCACCGAGGUCAGCACCUGGAAUCCACUGACGGAUACGACGCCCAUCCACAUCUGGAUACACCCCUGGAUCCCACUUUUAGACACCCGGCUGCAAACCACGAUAUAUCCGGUGAUCCAGGAGAAGCUCGGCACCGCCCUGAGCAACUGGUACCCCUCGGACCGAUCCGCCAAGCUGAUGUUGCAACCGUGGCAGAGGGCGCUAUCCCAGGGUGCGUUCGUCGCUUUCCUCCUCAAGCACAUCGUUCCCAAACUGCAAGUCUGCAUGCAGAACCUCGUUAUCAACCCCCAUCAGCAGCAUUUAGAUCCGUGGAAUUGGGUGAUGGACUGGAACGAUAUGUUGUCGGUUCCCAACAUGACGCUCAUCCUGGACAAGUUCUUCUUCCCCAGGUGGCUGCAGACGUUGGCCGUGUGGCUCAACCACAACCCAAACUACGCGCAGGUCACCGAGUGGUAUUCGGGGUGGAAGAGGAUGCUCUCCGAUGACCUCCUCAACCAGCCCACUAUUAAAGAGAAUUUCCACAAAGCCUUAGAAAUGAUGAAUAGGGCCGUCAACAUCGCUUCGCAGCCAGGCGCAAAGGAAUCCAUCUCGUAUCUGAAGAACAUCGAAGCCAACGGUCUUACGGCGCCACCUCCGCCGCCCCCUAGGGUCGAGACGUUCGCGGAAGCCGUACGGACGGCGUCGAAGAUCCCCCAGGGAUUCAAGGACCUGGUGAUGAAACGGUGCGAGGAGCGAGGCAUCAUAUUCGUGCCGAUGGCCAACAAGUACCACGAGGCCAAGCAGGUGUACAGGAUCGGCUCGAACGGCGUUCAGUGCUACAUCGACAGAAACGUGAUCUUCUACUCGCAGAACAACUCCACCUGGCUGCCGACGUCGCUCAACAGGCUGCUCGACCUCGCUUGAAUCUAUCCGUUACCGCUUAUCUGUCAUCUGUACAUAGUUCUGUAAAUGUGAGACCCUUUAAAUAUAGAAUGUUCUUUUUUAAA